AUGGAGAACAAGACAGAGAUGAACGAAUUUAUCUUACUGGGCUUGACUGAUUUUCAAGGACUUUGGCCUUUCCUCUUCCCUCUCUUUCUGCUGUUCUACGUGGUCACUGUGUUAGGAAACAGUCUCAUUGUAUUUGUUGUCCUGGCUGAGCCUUGUCUGCACUCACCCAUGUAUUUCUUCCUUAGCAAUCUUUCCUGCUUGGACAUUUGUUAUGCGACAGUCACGGUGCCCAAGAUGCUUGCUGGCUUUCUGUCAGGGCCCCAGCCUAUUUCGUUUUAUGGGUGCCUUGCCCAGCUCCAUUUCUUCCACUUUACAGGUAGCACUGAAGGUGUUCUCCUGGCAGUUAUGGCUUAUGACCGCUAUGUGGCUAUAUGCUACCCUCUGCGCUAUGCCAUCAUUAUGAACAAGCAUGUUUGCCUGCUUCUUGCAGCAGCCACUUGGUCCACUGGAUUCUUCCAUGCACUGAUCCACACAGUGAUGACCUCCCGAUUGCACUUUUGUGGCCCCAACCUUGUCCAGCACUUCUUCUGUGAUGUCAAACCACUUCUGAGAUUGGCCUGUGGGAGCAUCCAACUCAACAUCAGCCUUCUCAACAUCGUGACGGGUUUACUCGUCAUGCUCUCUUUUUUCUUCACGCUUCUCUCCUACCUCUACAUCAUCACUUUUCUCUUCCUGAAGGUUCAGUCACACAAAGCAAGAUGGAAGGCCUUCUCCACCUGCAGCUCCCACCUCACAGUUGUGGUUUUGCUCUACGUGCCUAUUCUGUUCAGCUAUUUGUCCCCCUCCUCAGGAGACUCACUACAACGGGAGAUGAUCUCCACCCUCAUGAAUAAUGUAGGUGUCUCAGUACUGAACCCCCUAAUUUAUACCUUGAGGAAUAAGGAGAUGAAAGAAGCCAUAAGGAAAAGAGUCAAAAGAAUACUCCCUGCCAAAAUGUGA